CAGUGUCACGGAGACGCGCAACGAGAGCAGUACAGAAAAUUCCAGAGCGCUAGUCAGAGCCAGCGCUAAAGCAAAGUUCUUUAAAGUCUUGUUAUAUGUGUUUGAGUGUGUGUGUGUGCUCGCAGGCUCAGUCAGUUUGACUUCCUUUUCGUGUGCGUGGCAAAAGGAGCAUUUUGUGUGUGUAUAACGAUCAGAGGUCCUUACAACAAGGAUAUUGCGUCACGUUACAUACGUUUAGUCGAGAUACAGAUACAUUCGAGGUAGCGCCACUUCGAUUUUGCUUGCUGAGGGAAAUUGUGAACUGCGUUAUAAUGAGAAGUAACUGCUACGGAAUUACGGUGGCCAUAUAUUUGACAUGGUCGGCUCUAGUGUGCAGCUUAGUUGCUGGCACCACAGAAGGCCAGGAGACUCCACUUGCUCUACCCAUUGCUGAGCAGACACAACCUACAACAGCCAUACAGGGCGAGGUAUGGGAGGAAGACGAUCACGAGGUAUUAAUUCGCAAUGAACGUGGCACAAAGAGUGAUGGACUCUCGUGCCGUUAUGGUAAAAAUCCCUGGACUGAGUGCGAUACUAAAACCAACACGCGUUCCAGAACUUUGACAUUGAAGAAAGGAGACCCAGCUUGUGAUCAGACUCGGACUAUUCAAAAGAAAUGCAAAAAAGCCUGCCGAUAUGAGAAGGGGGCAUGGUCUGAGUGUGAGACUGGCAAAAUGACUAGAGCUGAUAAAUUGAAAGCAACUAGCGAUCCUUCGUGUGAGGCAACACGUGUAAUUAAUAAGAACUGCAAGCCUGGCAAAUCCAAGGAUAAGAGCGCUAAGGAACAACGCAAGAAUAAGGAUAAAGCUGCUCGCAAAGGACGCGUCUAAAUCUUUCGUCUAAUUAUCUAAGAUAUUUACAGUUUUUUUUUAAGUCGUUCGUUGGUUUUAUCCCAAAAACUCAUUUAACAGUAUAUAAAAAAGUGAAUAAUAAAAAUACAGUUCAUAUUAGAGAUAAAUUACCAUGUUUAACCGUAAAACAUUCCACUUUAAUAAAUUUAA